AUGGUGAAGGACGACAUGGAGAAUAGGACAGGGAAGACAUAUGUGGAAUUCAAAGCAGUUAAAUACAGGAGUCAGGUUGUGGCUGGAGAAAACUAUCUCACCAAGGUCCAUAUGGGAGGAAGCAGUUACCUUCAUCUGAAAGUCUUCCAAUACCUUUCAUGUAAUGGAGGAAAGAUUAGCAAAUGUGAUGUACAGGAGGAUCAUCGCAAAGAAGAUCCCCUUGUAUCUUUCUAA